AUGACGGUCACCGUGAGGAGUUUCUUUCUCUUUUCUUUGUGUUCCUUCAGAGUGAGAACCUUCCCUAAGGAUUCAGCCUUGCUGGGCAGGGACACCGUCCGGGCCCUCAUGUACUACGCCUUGAAGGUCUGGAGCGACAUCGCGCCCCUCAACUUCCACGAGGUGGCCGGCAGCGAUGCGGACAUUCAGAUCGACUUCACCAAGGCCGACCACGAUGACGGAUACCCCUUCGAUGGGCCCGGCGGCACCGUGGCACACGCGUUCUUUCCCGGCGAGAGGUUCACAGCCGGAGAUACACACUUUGAUGACGACGAGGCGUGGACCUUCAGAUCACCAGACUCCCACGGGAUGGACCUGUUUGCGGUUGCAGUCCACGAGUUUGGUCACGCCAUCGGCCUGGUCCACACUUCGGCUAUAGAGUCCAUCAUGAGACCGUACUACCAGGGUCCGGUAGGAGACCCUCUGAAGUACGACCUGCCCUAUGAAGACAAGGUCCGCUGCAGUGGUGUGCCCAUUUGGCACGAGGAAAGUAAUGCAAACGGCAAAUCACAUCUGAGACACUCCAAAAUGCCUUAG